AGUUGUAUGCACUCCAAGGUUGGACAGUUUUAAAAUGGAGUCUUCAAGUGGGGGGAGUAGCAUCCCCAAAAUUAUGACUUUCCAUCCCACGAUGGAAGAGUUCAUGGAUUUCCCUAAAUACAUUGAGUACAUCGAGUCACAAGGUGGACACAAAGCUGGUAUUUGCAAGGUUAUACCUCCCAAAGAAUGGAUUCCUAGAAAAGGCGGUUAUGAAGAUGUAGAAUUGACUAUCCCAGCACCCAUCAGCCAGGUAGUGACUGGAAGUCAAGGCUUGUACACACAGUACAACAUUCAGAAAAAAACUAUGAAUGUGAAAGAAUUUGAAAAGCUGGCAAACAGUGACAGAUACCGGCCUCCAAAGCACAAUGAUGACGAGGAAUUGGAACGAAAAUAUUGGAAAAACAUUGCAUUUGUGCCUCCAAUAUAUGGUGCAGAUAUCUCUGGUAGUUUGUAUGAUAAAGACCAAAGUAUCUGGAAUAUCAAUAAGCUUGGCACUAUAUUGGACUAUGUAGGUGAUGACUAUGGCAUUCAUAUUGAAGGAGUUAACACUGCUUACUUGUACUUUGGGAUGUGGAAGACCACAUUUGCCUGGCACACAGAAGACAUGGAUCUUUACAGUAUCAACUACAUUCAUUAUGGAGCACCAAAGCAGUGGUAUGCCAUCCCACCUGAGCAUGGGCGUAGGCUGGAGAGGUUGGCUGAAGGAUUCUUCCCCAGCAGUUUCCAAGCUUGCCCUGCAUUCCUACGUCACAAGAUGACUUUAAUAUCUCCUCAUAUUCUUAAACAGUACUCCAUUCCUUUUAACAAGGUUGUCCAUAAAGCUGGCGAAUUUGUGAUAACUUUUCCAUAUGGGUACCACUCUGGUUACAAUCAGGGCUUCAAUUGUGCUGAGUCAACUAAUUUUGCCUCAACUCGUUGGAUUGAAUAUGGGAAGAGGUGUAAACAGUGCACUUGCAGGAAAGAUGGAGUUAAAAUCAGCAUGGACACAUUUGUCAGACGUUUUCAGCCAGAAAGGUACGCCCUUUGGAGAGCUGGACAGGAUAUUGCACCUCAUCCAGAAGAUGACCAGAGCAAACUUUACAUGAAAAGCAAACAUGGAGGCAAAGCCAAAGAAAAAGAAACUGAAGAUGGUCAAAAUGCUGUGGAGGCUAACAGCACUGGCACUCUAACCACCAAAAGACAUCCUAUUUCAAAAGUGUCAGACAUAAAACGAAGACGAAAGCAUAAGUUUGUUGCAGAUCCAGGAAUAAUGCCACGAUAUGUGAGUAAGGAUCGAAAAAUUGAAGUUGAGUCUGAGCUUAAGUCAGAAGGGCAAGGUGACCAAUCAGUGUCUGGGAGUGGUGUUUCUGUAAAGAAAGUGAAAAAGCCACGAAAAGAUAAAUUGUCAGAGAAAAAAGAGAGUGUGUCUGCAGAGCAAACUUUACUGGAUAACGAUCACACUGCUUCAAAAACAUACCUUGAGGAGUUUCUCAAACAUGCCAUGUCCAGCCCAACAAAAUCCAAGAAGCCCAAAAAACGAAAGGAGCACCCCCUUGUUGUAGAUUCAUCCUUGGAGACAAAGGAAGAUGUUUCCAACUCUAUAUCUGAAACCAUAGAGAUAGUCAUCCAAAAAGCUUUGGCAGAGUCACUAGAUAUGUAUAAGCAGCAGACUCAAGAACAAAGUGCAUCUGGUCCUCAGCAUAGCCGUGAAGUAAAAGCUGACCAAGAGAUUCCAGAAGAAGGGAAUAAAUCCAGUUCAGAAUCUAGAGCCCACGGACAUGGCCAAAUUGGAAAUGACCCCUCAGCAAUGAUAUACCCCUCACCACCAAAGAAAAGAAGGGAAUCGUGUGAGGUUCCCGCCAAUGGGACAGGAAGCCUUGGACAGAAUGCCCAGCAGUCUAAGUUGUUCGAGGAUAUGGAUGCCAAAGGGCAGUCCAGUACACAAGAAUUCUCAACAUGCACCCAGCAUUCUCUCCUUCCUGGUGUUUCGCAGCAUUCUCCCCUCACUGGUGUUAUGCCAACUUCAUCAGCUUCAUUGUACACAAGCUCAAGGUCUUUAGACCUUAUCAACAGACUAACACAACACCUCUUUCAAGGCAGAACUACUGCUAACCCAGGAUUAUACCAGGGCAGCUUGAACAGUAAGCCGUAUGAAGUUUCCAGUGAAGUGCAAAAUCCCCUUGGGGGACAAUCAAAUUGUGGCUAUGUGCAGUACAGAUCAGCACAGUCAUCUUUGCAGGAGAGGACUGGCACUUGGCCCAAGAGUUCACAAGAGACUUCCGUCAGCAGCCCAUGUAUUCCAGUCAAGGGUAUCCAUGCACCAUCUGCCAUGAGUUUAUAUGGGGAUUCUGGCUCAAUGAAGCCUGUUAAAGCAAAAGCCUGUAAGCCCAGGAAGCCAAGGAAGACACAACCAGCGAAACGUGCAACAGUGGCAGAGGUAUUAUUAAAAAAGCAAGCUAUAGAGGAAGCUUAUCAGAGGUUAAUGGAGGAAAAACUAGCUGUAAGUAAACCGGCAGAGACUCCUGUUUCAAAAUCACACACACACAACCCUGUUUCUGUGCCUAAAUCAGAAUCUGCUCAGAGGUCUAAAGGAACUGACUCAUUCCGCUACGAUAUCAGUACACUUGGCCAUCAGCCUGCUCAAGUUGCUGGCAAAAGUGUUUCAAAGCAAAGUUCACCUCCUGUGUUGUCACCAAGUUUUCAGCUAGCACAGGUUCAAAAUUAUACUGAUGCCAGUAACACUCCUGAUCACUCACCACCGUUGCUAUCUCUUCAAAACUCCCCUGUCACACCCUCAAUACAGAGGAGUACUGGAGGAUCUUUAUUUCAGGAAUCUUCUGAGAAGACUGCCGGCCCUCCAGUUCUCGCAGUCCAGAAUUCUCCUGUUGAUGCAGCCAUGCCGAAGGCAGCUUCGAGAGAUCCAGUUAACCAAGCUAUAGCACCACCUGUCCUCUCCCCUCAUAGCUCUCUGUUGCACACAGACUUGUUAGAGGCUGCUGAAAGAGCUAUGUCUUACCCUGGGAAAGGUACAGGACCACCAGUACUCUCAAUGCACAACCCAUCCUUGCACUCUACUGUGCUGAAGUCAAGUACAGGGACAUUGUCUGGGAACUCAUUGGGGAAAGCUGCAGGACCACCUGUCCUCUCUCCACACUUUCACAUGACAGUACAGAACCAGGCUAAACAGAGUUCACCAGUCAAUCAGUCCCCUCCAAUGCUGUCACUACAAAAUUCACCGGAAACACUGCAGGACAAAAAUGUGGGAACUGGAAACGAAGAUGUUCCUCCCACUCUGGCUGCACAACUCCCGCAUGGUACUUCUGCUGUCACAUCCCAAAUGUCAACUUCAGUGAGGCAAGGUGUUAAUGGCUCACCCCAGCUAUCACCAGACGUGGCAGUAAAAGCUUUACUAGGGCUCGGAACUCCUGGGCGAUCAAGGGGAGCAAACGGACAAGGCUGGAAUGCAGAACAGAACAAACAAAAUCGGACAGUUGAAAUUCAACUGCAGCCAUGUGCAAAGUCAAAGGCUCCAUCACAUAUAAAUAAUCCUAUGUUAAGAUCACCGGAUCAGAUGCUACAAGUAUCUGAAAUGAAGCAGCAUGUGCCAAAAGAUGUAAGGACUUGUGAAAGUUUGCAAGAAAAACUUGUGAAAGCUGCUCCAUUUACUGUUGUUCCGUCUGCUGAUAACAAAGCCAAACUACUAACAGCAAAUCCAGCACUACACCUCCAAGGUAGGGUGGCAUUUGUCUCACAGGGUAAACCUCAGGCACCCACGGCCGGACAGAGUCAAGAUUCAACUUUGACUCACUUGAAAGCAAUACUUCCUAAGGGACAAAAUGUGAACAUAGUUGCUUUGAAUCAAUUAAGAGCUCUUCAAACUUGUGUAAGCCAAAAACAUUCAUGGUCUUCACAAAGAGUCCUUCCUGCUGAGGCAACUACAGCAAGAGAGUGUAGUAAGACAAAGGGCAGCCCUGAAACUGGCAAGCAUUUUACUCAGGCUUAUGGAUCGUUACAGUCAGUUAAUUUUCAAGACAACACUAUGUCCAUGGGUGGAAUAAAAAGUGUAACGGCAGCAAAUUCAAAUGUGAAUGCAGCGCACAAGCAAGUGGCCUCCCAUGGAAGUCUUGUGGCUAGACCUGACCGAAUCAUUCAACAGUCAAGUGCUUUAUCGCAGUACCAGAUUGCCUGCGAAAACAAGAACAAACCUUGUCUCAGUUAUGGUGUUGUGCCUUCAAACAUCCAGGUACAUGUUCAGUCUCAGUCAUCAAGUAAGAACAUCCAACAUACAUCAUCUAACCAGUGUAUGUCUUCAUGGGGAAACCAAUCCAGGAAAAUCAGUUCUUUGGGGAACCAGUCAUCUCACAUUCAGCUUUCUUUAUUCGGCAAUAAUACAAGCCAUGUACAGCUUGAACAAUCCGGCUCUGGGGUGCAUGCUCUUUGCAAUACAUCAGAAAAACUAUUGCCCCAACAGACUGUACAGCAUGCUGAGUCCAGUCAGCAUGGCUUAACUCAUCCUGUGUAUAGGCCACCAGUACAAGCUCCGAAUCCAAGUAAUCUGAAAGCUACAGGAGAACAAAUUCAGCAGCCUUCACAUCACAGAAUUCCUGAGGUAUCUCCUGACACGCAUGAAGAUAUGUGGUCACGCAAUGCAGAUGAAAGUUCGUUGCCGAACUACACUCAGGCAGAACCUACACCGCUCAGCGUUCAAAUUCCUUCACAUCAUCCGGGAAGUGGAGAUCACUUGUAUUUUUCUCCUCCACAUAGACGAUUGCCAGAGAGAUCAGAAGAUUCUCUUCAAGAGAUGAAAAGUACAGAAAUGGAAGAUGUUACCCAGAAUCCAGAGAUUUCAGUUUCCUCAGACAUUGUCAUUGAGAGUGUGCCCACUGAGGAGGACUCUAUUGAGACAAAUGUGCUGCAUCCUCUUUCUACCACCAUCUGCAAACCAAUGUCCAUUAUCAUUUCAAAUGACUGUGAGGUUUCCAUCAAAUCAGAAGAAAUGCAGGAAUCGCCAUGUGCAGGUUCUGAUGAUGGGAUUACUCUUGGAGAUCAAGCACAAUUUACAGAAACUGGCAACCUUCAAAUUGGCAUCAAGGGAAAACCACAGAAGUCUCAGCAAACAGCUGCAAAACCUGCCAAGAAACCUUCAAAAAAGUGCAACAGGAAACGUGGAUUAAGGGAUGAAAAGCAGCUAGAAACCUUUGACAACGACGUCAAGAGUGAAGACGAGGAUCUGGGAUUAGGAGCAACUAUCAAAGAACCUUGGGCCAAGUCUUUUGCUUGUCUGUGGCAAGAUGGUCCUGUUGACUUCUUCAGUGAGCAGCUGUAUAACACUGUGAUGGCUAUGAGUGCUCCACACUGCAGUGUCUGUGCCCUCCUCAGACCUUCACCUGUGACCUGUGAGGCUUGGGAGUCCUGUAAACAUUUGUCUGCAUUGGUGAGACCAGGGUCAGAUGGGAUACCAACUCGAUCUGCUCCACUGAUCUCGGAGGUGUGCUUUUCUUCUAGUGCUCAAAACCCAGAGCCCAUGGGAACAAAUUCUGUGGUUGGAGAAGAUGGAGCCAGUGAUCUGCUGGUCUGUGACAGCUGCAAACUCUGUGUACAUGCCAGCUGCUAUGGUGUACUGGAUAGUCCACCGGAGAUUUGGAAAUGUGACCGCUGCCAGGAAGACAACAGAAAUGCUAGCUGUUGUUUGUGCUGUCUGAGAGGUGGAGCUCUGAAGAACACAACCAGUGGAGAGUGGGCUCAUAUCUGGUGUGCUCUCACAAUCCCAUUGGUUGUAUUUAGCCAAAUACAGAAGCGAGAAGGCAUCAAUCUCGAUCAACUGGAACAUUCAAGAUACAAGCUUAAGUGUGUGUACUGUAACAGUGCAGAGAGCUUGAUAAACCUGGUGUUUGCACCAGUGCUCUGUUGGAAGGUGCCCUACCUCAUUUCAUGUUACCUGUGCACAUGCUGCUGGUGUGGAUUUCACUACCAGUGAUUGGCCAUUCCUGUUUAUGUCACCUGUACAAAACAUGCUCAUAAAGGAAAAGUAUCCUCGAGGGAUUUAAAUGAUCUAAACCUGAAGAGUUAUGUGUAUGCUAAAUACAAGAACGGCCGAUAUUACAACGCUCAAAUUAUUGAUCGCAAGAUGCAGACAUUUUACCAUGUAGACUUUGACGAUGGG